AUGAAAUUUGAGGUGGAAGACAAUUUAUAAUCCAUCAUAGAUGAAUUGGAUCAAGACUUAUAAUUGAAAGCCAAACUCAUUGACUUUUAAUAAAUAUUCAGUUUAAUCAAGGAAUAAAUCAAUAAGGACCACGAAAAAAUCGAUUGUUUGUCUAUUUAAAUAGAAAGACUACAAUACAAUCUAAAUGAAAAUAUAAAAUAGAGAGAACAAGAAUCACACCAGUAUCAACAGUAAAUUAUAAUAAAAUCUGAGGAACUCGCAAAGCAAAAGGCUAAUUAUAAGAAGGAGAAGGCUGUUUUCGAUGAUCAAGUUAAACAGUUCAAAUAUUAGAAUGCCAUUCAGAUUUAAGAAUUAGAAGAAUUAAGAAAAUAAAUUAAUCAGGAAUAAGAAACUAAUUACAAAUUAAGUUAAAAUCUAAGAAAAACUAAAGAAUUAGAAUAAAUGUUAAAAGACUAAUAGCAACACUAUGAGACUACAAUCUCAAAGCUGCGUGUAUAAUUAGAAACUGACAAUCAAGUGUUUAAAAAUGAAUUAGAACAACAAGAAAUAAGAAUAGAAUCAAAAUAUCGACAAUUAAUCUAAGAACAUAAACAAUUAACCUAACAAAUCUCCGAACUUAAAUAGAGUUACAAUUAAAUGAAACAACAGAAAGAAUCAGUAGAAAAAACCCUUGAUUAAAAUAAUUAAAAAAUUAAGGAAUUAAAAUCAGGGGUUAUUUAAGAUAAGUAAACCAUGUCCAAGUCUGAAAAGGCGAUGGAGGAAUUAUAAAAAUAACUCGUAUAUUUCAAAAACAAAGUUAUAAUAGAUGAAAAAAGAGAAGGGAUAUUAAAGCAAAAAGCAUAACAAGAUGAGGAUCUAAUUUCAGAAUUAUUAUAAAUUAAGGAAGAUUAUCAGAAUUUGAGGCAGACAUUGAAACAUGAAAAUUAAAUUGAAAUAGACAAAAUUAUGAUGAAUAAUUAUAAAUAGAUAUAAGGUUUUGUUGAAUAAAUACAAAUCUAAAGAUUAAAAUAUGAAAAAUUAUUAGGUAAUAAAAUUAGCCUUUAAGAGGUUUAAUAAUAUUAAUAAGUUAAUUUUUCAUAAUAGUAUGAAGAUCCUGUUCAUUUAGAAUAUGUUUAGAAUUUGGAAUAGUUAAGCGAGAAUUAAAAAUUAGAAGUUUGUAAUUUGAAAUAACAAAUUGUUUUUAUAAAUGAGGAACACUCCUAAGAAAUUGAACAUAUCUAAAAGUCUUACGAGUAACGUAUUUCGGAUUUAAUCUGUUAAUAAUAACAAGAAUUAUAGCAAUAAUCUGCUGAAUUUUAAGAAUUCAAAGAAAAAGUAUAGGCUGACUUCAAUUACAAAGCAUAAAUUAUGACCUAAUAAUUUUCAUUCUAAUUAGAUUAGUAAAGAUAGGAACAGAAAUAACUGUAGUAAAUUAUCGAUUAGUCAAAAUUAAGUGGUGAUGAAAAAACGAAAUUAUUAGAAAUUGCAUCUGAAGAGAUUUUGACUUAAAAAUAAAAAUAUGAUCAUGAUAUUUAUGAAGAGAGGAAUAUUUAGAAAUAGCUUCGGUAUGAGUUUGAAAAUAAUAUUUUGUAAUUGAAAUCCGAGAAUUAGAGAUAAUUAGAUUAUUUUAAGAGAGAUGCUGAAAAUUUGUAAAAUUAAAUUAAGGACUUGAUAUAAAGAGACUAACUCUCUAAGUAGAGGAUUUCUGAAUUAUUUAAUGAGUAGAAAUAAGAUAAAAGUCAUAUUAAUUAACUAGAAAUUCAGCUAUCAAAAAAAUAAACAGAAUUGAAAAAACAAAACGAAGUGAUAAAGAAUUUAAACAUUCAUAUUUCAUCUUUAAUGAUGGAAAUAGAAAAUGCUAAAUAAACCUAUAAUAUAUUUGCUUCACCCUCCCUUAAGUCAUCUCAUCAUUACUUAAAGAAAGUUGACUUGGAUAUCUUAUAGGAUUCAUAAAGGAGUUCUUAAAGAAAUCUAAGAGAUUCUUAGGACUUUUAAACUAUUGAUAUGAAAGCCAGUCGUAACAAGUCAUAACAAGCGUAAAAAUUCCAUUAGAUAAAAUAAUAAUUACUUCCAUAUUGA